UGCGUCCCCGCUCCCCAGCCAGGCGCCACCACCUGCCGCCCAGGAAGCCAGGCGACUCUUCCUUCGCGGGUCACGAGGCCUGACUCAGGUCCCUGCUCCUGUGGCCCCGAAACUCGCCGUUCGCUGGGCCUUGCGUUGCACUCGGCGUCCAGUUCCCCCUCGGCUCGCGGCCACUUGGUCCGCGCCGCCUGCGUCCUGUGUGCCGAGCCCGCCCGCACUGCGGGGACAGGCCGGGCGCCGCCCACGCCACGCUCUGCCGGGCGCACGGUCUGCCUGGGAAGCGCGCGGCCGGGCGGGCGGCCAUGGCGCGGCGCGCGGGGAGGUAGCGGGGCGGCUGCAGGAGCGCACAGUCGGCCAUGGCCCGGCGGCGGCGCCGCGCCUGUAUCGCUCUGUUCCUGGUGCUGCUCUUCGCCUUCGGCACCCUCAUGGGUCUGCGCACGCUCAAGGCUCCGGACGGACUCCCGGCGCUGGGCCCGGGCCUGGAGCUGGCGCCCUUUGAGCGACGCCCAGAGGGGGCCCCCGCGCCCGCUGCCAGGGCCCCGGCAGCCCCUGCCGCGCCGCCCCCGCCGCCGCCGCCGCCCCGCACCGCGGACCCUGGCGGCUCCCCUGGGCCGGCACCCGCGGAGGCCGAGCCCGCCCCCGGGCAGAGCCUGCGCGUCUACUCGGACCUGCAUGCCUUCUACUACUCGUGGUACGGGAGCCCGCGGCGCGAGGGCCACUACAUUCACUGGGACCACGUCAUGGUGCCGCACUGGGACCCCAAGAUCUCGGCCAGCUACCCCCGCGGCCGCCACAGCCCCCCAGACGACUUGGGCUCCAGCUUCUACCCGGAGCUGGGGCCCUACAGCUCCCGGGACCCUGAAGUGCUGCGGGAGCAUAUGACCCAGCUCAAGGAAGCCGCCAUCGGCGUCCUGGUUCUGUCCUGGUACCCACCUGGCAUGGCUGAUGAUAACGGGGAGCCCUCAGAUGACCUGGUGCCCGCCAUUCUGGACACCGCCCAUCAGUACAGCAUCCAGGUGGCCUUCCACAUCCAACCCUACAAGGGCCGGGAUGACAUCACUGUACAUGACAACAUCAAGUACAUCAUUGACACGUAUGGCUCCCAUGGUGCAUUUUACCGCUAUAAGAACAGCAUGGGCAAGAGCCUCCCACUCUUUUAUAUCUACGACUCAUACCUGACGUCCCCUGAGGCCUGGGCCCACCUCCUGACACCAAACGGGCCCCACUCGAUCCGCAACACACCCUACGAUGGGGUCUUCAUAGCGCUGCUGGUGGAGGAGGGCCACACCCACGACAUCCUGGCCGCCGGAUUUGACGGCAUGUACACCUACUUUGCCUCCAAUGGUUUCUCCUUUGGUUCUUCCCAUCAGAACUGGAAAGCUGUGAAGAACUUUUGUGAUGCCAACAACCUCAUGUUCAUCCCCAGUGUGGGGCCUGGCUACAUAGACACCAGCAUUCGGCCCUGGAACAACCACAAUACGCGCAACAGGGUCAAUGGCAAGUACUAUGAGACAGCCCUGCAGGCGGCCCUGACAGUAAGGCCUGAGAUCGUCUCCAUUACCUCCUUCAAUGAGUGGCACGAGGGCACCCAGAUUGAGAAGGCCAUUCCCAAGAAGACACCCACCCGCCUGUAUUUGGACUACCUGCCUCACCAGCCCAGCCUGUACCUGGAGCUGACCCGCCGCUGGGCGGAGCACUUCAUCAAAGAGAAGGAGCAGUGGCUCAUGUGAGGGGCCUGGAAACGGGCGUGAGGUGCUGAUGUCCUUGCCUUGCUGGAAGAUGUCACCAUGUGGGGUUCAGCUGAGGUUGUAGGCACUCACUCGUUCCCAGGUCAGAGGUCAGCAGCUGGGUGCUUCUGGGUGGGCCGUCAGGCAUGGGUCUGUGCAACAGAGCCCGUUCCUCAGGCGAGUGGUGCUGGGGUGCUGUGCGAUGAUGGGAACGGCAGAGGCUGGCAGGUGACUGAACUUAGCCCAGGGCAGCUCCACAUCCUGGGAACACUUUCAUGUAACCCCUUCUAGUUUUGAACUUUGCAGCAGGCUGGUGCUGUGUAGUGGCCACCCAGUCACCACCCUUGGAAGGGUGUCAGGGUCUGGGCUCGCAUGCGCCCUGCUCCCUUCUGCCAGCCUGCAUCCUUUCCGCCAGCCUGCAUCCUUACCUCAGGCCUCCUUCCCACAUCAUCUGUCUUCUCUAAGUUAGGGAACCAUAUUUGAGACUUUCAAAAAGGGAACUUCUAGGUUUAAGCUCCUCCCAGUAGAUUCCUGAACCCAAUUAUCAGGAAAUCAUCCUGAGCACUCACAGGUUCAUUUAACAUUCACUCAUCAAGCACCUUCCUAUGUGCUAGGUGCUGGGGAAAACUUGACCAAGGAAGAGUUCCCGUCCUGAAGCUUCCAGGACCCAGCUUUCCUUUUCUGGUGUGGCCUUGUAGCUAGUGCCUGGGCACAGUUGUUUUUCUUUUUGCAGUUUUACCUAGUGCUGGGAGUUCAGUUCUUUCUCCUCUAAAAAAAUACCUCUGUGCUCCAGAGCCUAAUUUUUCCCAGAUGCAUAUUUAGCUCUAGGGAGAGGACUAGGAGGAAAUCCCCCUCCCUUUAGCUGCCUGAACUGACUGAGGCCCACUCACUAGAGCCAUGUUCAGUGCUACUGUGAUUAGUAGUAAUUAAAUAUGAACUGGUAUUCUCAA